CCACUUUUACUAAGAAAAUCCCACGUUCAUAGUUCAUAUACUUCAUUUAUAUUGCUUUCUCCAAAAUGUUUUUUCGGAAGAAAUAAAGAAAAUCAAAAAAGAGAAGUAAAACAAAAGGCAGCUUCCAUUUUCUUCUUCCCUCUUCAAUGAGUGAUACUGGAGAAAAUAAGAGUCAGGGAGAUCUGGAAUUGGAAAGUGAUAAAAGAGACACAACGAUGGACUCCCCCGUCCAAUUCUCAGAAAGUUCAGAUGAUGAUGAAAUUGACUAUUCUGUGAAGCCGGAGUUGUAUGAUCCAGAGCUUGAUGAUAAAGAUGAGUUAUGGGUUCAGAAGAAAAGGAAAGGUCGUCACUCUGAUGCUGUCCUCAGCUGCCCAGCUUGUUUCACUACUCUCUCUCUCGUCUGUCAAAGGCAUGAAAAGUACUUGACGCAGUACAGAGCAAUUUUCGUAGUUAAUUGCAAGGUCGGAAGUAAAUGCUUAUUGCGUGAUAGCAUUUCACAACUAAAGAGUGGCAAGAGACGAAGAGAAACAGAUGAGAGUGAAGUAGAUCAGACUGUUGGUGAAACAUUCAAACAAGUUCAUUGCAUGGUAUGCUCAACAGAGGUUGGGGUAAUGGAUGAGGAAGAAGUCUAUCAUUUCUUCAAUGUUCUUCCAAGUGAGUCUUGACCUGCUCAAUUUCAUUUUAAACAUCUAUAGGAGGGAACUUGCAGUUCAAUUUUUAUUUAGUAAUCUGAAGUUUUGUGUCAUACAGAUAGGAUUUGUUCUAAAUAAUAUUUUGGGUAUAUCGUAAAUGAUGCCACAUGAAAAUAGCAUAUAAGUUCUUCUCAUAUUUAAGUCAAUGGCAUAUUAAGCUCCUUGUUGCAACAUUUUUCAGUAACUAUGGUUUGACCAUUUCACAUUCUCUGGCUGUCUCUCAAUCUCAUUGAUCUACAAAAUCAAUUUAUCUAACAAAAUCUUUUGGAUGGAGGGGGGUCUGGAAUUUUACUAAUUUGUAGAUCAUUAUCUGUAUUGUGGCCAGCAGGUCUCUUCUUGUAAACAUUUGAUUUGAUUAACCAAAAUAAUCAUAUUUGACAUUUAUGUUUUGUCUGAAAAAUAGUAGCUUUCUUGAGAUUUAGUGAAAUUUGAGAAGAGUUGAUUAAGUAUUUCAGCUAUGCUAUUCUUUGUCACUCUUGAUUUCUAUUUUGAACUUUGUUUAUUGCAAAUCAAUGGUUAAGAUUGGCUCCAAGUUGUUGAUUUGUGGACCAUUUGUGAGCCUCUCUGUUACCCCAUAUAUAUCUUCACUAAUUAAAAAUGAGUCAUCUAUGAAUUUUGUU